AUGCCUUGCCCCAAAGCUGUUAAAGAAUUGUUGGAAGAGUUUGACAAGGAUGGAUCCGGAAAAAUCGAUGCAGAAGAGCUCCUUAAGGCACUUCAACAUUUGGGUUUUGAUUUGGCUCAAGUGAAGGCAUUCAUUCGAGAAAAUGACAAAAAUGGUGAUGGUCAGUUGGAUUACAAGGAG